CAGUGGGCGGAGAAGUAGCCGCACAGCGUUGCUCUCAGCUCCGCUCCCCUCAGUGCUUCCCGCUGCCUCAGCUCUCCAGCUCAUGCGGACCAGCUGCCGAGGCUCAUGGACUAACCGCAGGUCUGACCGUGAGCUGUAACGGACUCGGGGUAGGACUGCUUGACGCCAGUGGAGGACUGGACUAUGGCGGCCAAGGAGGACCUGUACAGCAAAAUUCUCCCCCGGAGGCUUCGCCAAAGCCGACGGGGCUCGAUGAAAUCCAGCUCCAACCUGGACGUGCUGUUGUCCAUGGGCUUCUCCAGACACAGGGCCCUGAAGUCUCUGGUGUCAACUGGAGGUCGGAGUGUACAGGCAGCAUGUGACUGGCUGUUCUCCCAUGUGGACGACCCGUUCCUGGACGACCCCCUGCCCAGGGAGUUCGUUCUCUACCUGCGACCCAGCGGGCCGCUCCAGAACCAGCUCUCACACUUCUGGCAGCAGAGCCGGGUCACCUGCGGCAAAAACAAGGCCCACAAUAUUUUUCCACACAUCACUCUCUGUCAGUUCUUCAUGUGCGCCGACUCCAAAGUGGAAGCCCUGUGUGAGGCCCUGCAGACCACCGUGCAGCAGUGGAGGGGCCGCUUCCCCCGCCCGCUGCCUCUGGAGCUCUACACGUCGUCCAACUUCAUCGGGCUGUUUGUGGAGGAGCAGGUGGCUGACGUCCUCAGGCAGUUCGCAGCCGACUUCGCCACAGAGGCCGUCAGGAAGACAGAGGUCAAAGUGGAGCCUCACAAGAAGCAGCUCCACCUGACGCUGGCCUACAACUUCCCCAGUGAUCACCUCUCCUCUCUGGAGAAGCUGGCCAAGGGCAUCGAGGUGAAGCUGGGCUGUGAUUGGCUGGCUGUCCUGUUCUCCAGGGACAUUCGUUUUGCUAACCAUGAGACGCUGAGGGUCAUGUACCCCUACACGCCCCAGAACGAUGACGAACUGGAGCUGGUUCCUGGGGAUUUCAUCUUCACCUCCUCCAUGGACCAGACCAGCACCAGCGAGGGCUGGGUCCACGGAACCUCGCUGGCCACCAGCCUGUCUGGACUCCUGCCGGAGAACUACGUGAGCCAGGCCGACGAGUCUGACACCUGGGUGUUUCAUGGCUCCCACUCCUUCUUCAGCUGUGGACCCGGUGAUAAAGCUGGUAAGGAUAAAGGAAUGUUUGACGGCCUGCUGGACAGCCGACGUCCCGACAGCACCAGUCCUGGAGACUCGCCUGCCCUCAGUGUGAUCUGCCACCCUAUGCAGCAGGUCCUGCGGUUCAGUGGCAGCCACACUCGGCAGCCCAAGCGGACGGUGUUUGUGUGUCGACACGGUGAGAGGAUGGACGUGGUGUUUGGGAAACACUGGCUCACUCUCUGCUCGGACAGCAAAGGUCGAUACGUACGCUCCAACCUCAACAUGCCUCCCAGCCUGCCUCUGUGGGGGGAACAGAGAGACUACGACAUGGACGCCCCCAUCACUGUGUUUGGGUCCACUCAGGCCCGAUUAGUGGGCGAGGCCCUGUUGGAGAGCAACGCGAUGGUAGACUUUGUGUACUGCUCUCCGUCACUGCGCUGUGUUCAGACUGCACAGAACAUCUUGAAAGGCCUGCAGCAGGACGGGAAGCUGAAGGUGCGCGUGGAGCCGGGUCUUUUCGAGUGGACGAAGUGGGUGUCAGGGAACUCCAUGCCAGCGUGGAUCCCCCCCACUGAGCUGGCUGCUGCCAACUUCAGCGUAGACACAGCUUACAGGCCUCUGAUCCCGGCCAGCAAGCUGACCGUGUCCGAGUCCUACGAGAACUACAUGAGCCGCAGCUACCAAGUCACCAAAGACAUCCUGUCAGACUGCAAAAACACAGGAAACAACGUGCUGAUCGUAGCCCACGCGUCUUCCCUGGAGGCCUGCACACGGCAGCUGCAGGGCCGCAGCCCCCAGAACGCCAAGGACUUCAUCCAAGUCGUACGAAAGAUCCCGUACCUGGGCUUCUGUGCCUGUGAGGAACAGGGAGAGACGGGAAUGUGGCAGUUAGUGGACCCUCCUAUCCUGCCUCUGACUCACGGACCAAACCACUCCUUCGACUGGAAGGAGACUCUUCUGCAAGAAUGACGCCUGCCUGCUCUGAGUCGCUCACAGUGUAACCCAUCCACCUCCACCCCCCCACCAACAACCAACCAACCAGCCCGACAAAAUAACUGGAGCUCUUGUCUUCUCAGCCUGUUCAGUAGCUGCUGAUUGAGCCAGCAGUGGAUUGGCUAACGGUCCCACUCUGCUGGCGUUACAGGGCGACGCAGGACGCCGACAGGCUCAGGCUGUCAGUGGGUUUCUGCUGCUCUGUGUGGAAUCUCAUGUCGGCACCGCCUCUGGAAUUUGGUCCGAUCAACAUUGCAAACUCUUUCAUGUAAUACUUCUCAUGUCGAUUUAUGCUAAAGCAUGUUAGCAGGCUAAUAUGCUAGCUUAGAACUAAAGUUAAAGCUUGAACUUCAUUUUCCUAGUAUGCAGUUGGGGGCUUUUUAUUUUUCCUCGCUCUCUGUUAGUGAUGCCACACCAAUAUUUUUACCGGCCUGGGGUCUGGCCACCCCAUGAGGAUGGACGCCACUGGACAUAUGUAUGAACAAAAGGACCAUUGUCUUCCUGUGUGUGUGUGUGUGUGCGUGUGUGUGUGUGUGUGUUGAAAUGCACAGUUUUCUUAUUUUAUUUCCGGUCUCUCAUCACGGUGGGUCUGGUUGCCCGUGGUUUCAGGUCAGAUCUCUGCAAAUUAAGAAAUUUUCUCCUGUUGCAUAAUUAACUUUCUUGUCUUAAUGAAACUAAAUCAAACAACAAAGUGGACGUGUCACAACAGUCCUGAAGAAUGUGGAUUUUUAUGCUUGUUUUUGUUCUUUUGUUUUUCAGUUCCGCAAACAUCCGAUUAGAAUUUUUUUUUUAAAUUAUUAUUAUUAUUUUUAUGUAAGCCAAAAACCAUAAAGAGACCGGAACCCUCCUGAUGCUGUAAACAGCAGUGCUCUCCCAAACCGCUGCUACUGAUUGUUUUUUGUCCUUCAGCAUAGAACAUGAGAACGUCUUCAUGUUGGGAUCCCAGGAGGCAGCGCGGCCUUCUCCGACCCGUUCGGUGUAUUUAAUAUAUAAAACACACACACACACACACACAGCUUCAACAGCACAUGUUGUGCUUAGUGACAAUCAUCCAGUAGCAUCUUGAUUCUGGCCCAGCAGCGAUUAUUGUCCAAAGGGUUGGAGUAGCUGUAAUCAUAUUCUGAGAAAGGUCUUCCAGUUUGAUUUCUAAUUUAUUUUUAAGCCUCUUUUUCAAAUAAAAAAUAAUGUGUACAAAGAAAAAAAAAUAAACAUUUUUAGCUGCAUGCAAGAAUUUAAGAAGGAGUGUCUCAGGUGUUGCAUUUAACAGGUAUUUGCAGCUUCCAUUAACUGACUGUACUGUUGUGCCUCUGAGAGUUCCUGCCUCGUCUCCGUAUGUUCUUCAUUUCUGCAAAAGCCAGAGACACAACCAGGACGUUGUGCUAUUAGUUCAAAACAUUAUCAUUUCAUUUAAUUUUUUUCUUGUACAAAAUAUUCCAGUUGAAACUUGAAUGCAUUGUUUGGUCGCGAUGCUAGAGUUUGGUUUGAGUAGACUCUGAGUCUGGAGCCGUUUCCAGGUUAUCCUCAGAUCGAGACGUGUGUGGCUCUACUGGAGGCUGAUCCUGACAGAAUGUAGGAGGGCAUCGUUUAGAGGAGCCGUCCACCUGAAGCAGGUUCAACGUGAUCACGGAGAUGCUGGCCUUGUUUUCUGAACGUUUCAAAAGCAAAAGCAAAGAGUCAAAGUUGAGCCCCGCGAAGCCGACCAGCGAAGCAAAAAUAAACUGCAGAGACAAAUUGAGUAAAAACAUCUCAGGUCUGUUCUCUGUUUUAAAAUUAAAGCACUUUCUACUAGUUUAAAUAAAACAUUUCAAUAAAUUCCAAAUGUAAUUAGCAUGCUAAACUGAUUUUCCUAAAUUAAUCCAGUCUUGUAAUCUGUAUGAGUUUAGAAUUCAUUUAAUUCCUAAAACACCAACUUUCACUUUUUCAGUUUUUUUUAAUCAUCGACUCCAGUCAAAAGAGGAAUAUUUCAUUUUAGAGAUGUAAAAUAAACUCUAUGUCAGUUCUUUUUAAGUUUUGUAUCCAAGCUCCUAAAAGACUUCACACUCUGCCAAAAACAUGGUUUUCAUCAGAAAAUACCAUGAAGGGGGAAGAUGUCUUACUUUUGAUCUUCAGUCAGAAUCUGAAAUUCAGGAACUUCAGAGAUGCUCAAUCUUGCCACAUAAAAUAAGAAAAGCUCUAGAAAUAUGUCUUUGAUGUAAACAAAUUAAUUACAAAUAUCUUGUGUAUGAAUUACAUGAACGUAUACAUGGGUAUGAAUCUAUUUUUAUGACCCCCGGACCAUCUUGGGUUGACAGUUAAAUGUCCAAAACAUAAAUGAGCAUAAAUUAGAAACUUAAGCCUGGUUCCCCAUCAUGUUAACCACGUUCUGUCAAAGUUAGAGAAUCUUCAUUGGUGCAGAAAGAGAGUCAGCAUAAUGUACCGUGAGAUUUUGUAAUGUUAUUGUUUGGUCAUUGCUGUUACAUUUGAGUAGCACUUGCUCAACUAAAAAAAAUUAAAAACGAUGUUAGAGUAGCCUGACUGAGCUGGAGAUCAUAACGUGUAUGCUACAAUACCAGAGGCAAUCUGGUAUCUGUCAUUUAAAUGUGAUGGAUCAGGGAGGUUAAAGCAUAGCAGCUGGUCAGUGAUGUAGCAUCGGUAAAGAUGAAAAUGUGAGAGAGCAGGAAUUGUGUCCUGGUCGUUAAUAGAACCAAAAUGGAAUAUUUUUCCAUUUAGAACGGUCAACAAGUCAGUGAAGGACUUCGAAUGACAUCAUGGUGAUGAUAAUUAGGGUCUUUCACAAACUGGGUCCAUGGACCACUUCGCUGUUCUUUACGUGGGACCUGAUCAUAACUGUAGACGCUCAGGCAGGUAGAAACGGAUGUUAAGUGUUAGUUUGACUGACGCUCGUCACUGCUGGUGUUUUUAUCUCCAGAAAAAGGGAUUUUUUUACAUUUCUCUAAGAUGAUGUUAAUAAAUUACAACUUCACAAUCACAAUGUUUCCAUCAAAUAAGAAACACAAUUGAAAUCACAUGUAGUCUGUUCACGCAAUGUCUUUAAAAAACACCCAGCGCCAUGAUCCUCCUGCUACUUCCUGUCGUCUUCUUUGCAAUUUGUGCCAUUGGCAACAUCACUGUUGUGGUUCAUGUGACUCAUCUGAUGCAAAAAAAAUUUUGCCAUUGCAAUAAGUCAAUUUGGAUAUGGCCAAAAAAAUCCACCUCGCCCUAGCAAAAAACUAUUUUUUUUUAAUCUUUUUUUUUUUUUUUUUUUUAAAUAGGCAUGUUUCCAUUAAGGUGAUUUAUUUUAGAAAUGUCAAAUUGCCCAAUUAUAUGGUCAAUGAAAAUGCAUGAGUUAUAGUUUGCCUAUCUGUUGCAGAAAGAUGCCAUAUAACUGUGAUUUUGUGGAAAUGUGAAUAGAUUGUCAGAGUGGUGUAAGACUAAGAGCUAGUUAGGUUUUUUUCUUAUUUUAGCCGUUUUCCCUGACUAAAUAAUGGAGACGUGUUUGUUGGACGGAAAGAGGGACGUUCAUUUAUCCCAGGAGGAGAAGAAGAAGAGGAAGAGGAGGAGAGCCAUGUGAAGGAGGCUUGGUGGAAGAAGCCAUAUUUUUCCUGCAAUUCUUAUUUAUUGUCUGAACAUAUCAAAUGUGUACAGUAUAUAAGUUAAAGUUCCACCAUUUCAAGCCAAAAUAUAUAUGUUAGUAUAUAAUUAAAAAUGAAGCGUGUGUAUGUGUGCAGUUUGUGACUUUUUUUUGUCCACUUUUGCAAACGCAGCUAUCAAAGAGAAAUGGCUACUUUUUAAAAAAGCUUCCAUAUUUUUCAUAUGCAGAGAUGUCUGGGGAAAGGAAGAAGGGCCUGCAUAUGUUUUUGUUUUUGUGCCAAUCUCCAUUUGGUUUUCAAAUUGUACUUUUGAUUCAGAUGCUAUGAAAACAAGCAACAUUCUUUCCUCGUCAAUAACUCUUAGGAGAGAAAGCCAUCCAUUGUUCAUUUGUGGUUUUCAUCUAACAGUAAUUUAACAACCAGACAGUUUUGUCUUUCUGUCUAGUCUGGAUGUUUCUGCUCUUGCUUCUGUUCCAAUUAUAAAUGUAUUCACAUCCAGCUUUUAAAUAAAAGAGAACAUCAUUCUUUGGAUACUGAAAAA